UUGUUUCCCCACCUCCUGCCCGUCCCCAAAACACAUUUCUUUCCUUCCUUGCUUUCCUACCUUCUCGCUCGCUUGCGUGUCCCCGUCCCAUUAACCCUCUCCUUCCCCCAACAAUGCCGCCGUGGAGGCAGCGUGCGCGCGGCCUCCGGCGGUGCUAGAUCCGCGGCCAAGCAGAGCGACGCGCGCCGAGCCAAGGUACCGAGCGGCGGCGAAGAAGAAGAAGAAGAAGAAGAAGAAGAAGAAGAAGAAGAAGAAGAAGAAGAAGAAGAAAAGGACGAGGAGGCGUGGCCGCCGCGACAGGCGGGGGCGUCCAAUGCACGAGCACACCCGCGUCAGGGCCUGGGAGGCGACCGUGCGCAAGGUGCAGCAUCCCCAGCCCGUGGGCCGGCGCCGGGUGUCCCCGAUGUCGGCCGCGGAGGACUCCGAGACGGCGUCCUCCUCGGCGUCGUCCUCUUCGGGCGGCGGCGACGACGGCGAGCACGUGCACGGGUACGUGGAGCGCGGCCUCCCCAACGGCGACUUCUACACGGGCCAGUGGCGCGGCGGCGCGCCGCAUGGGGCGGGGAAGUACCUGUGGACGGACGGGUGCAUGUACGAGGGGGAGUGGCGGCACGGCAAGGCCACUGGCCGGGGCAAGUUCUCCUGGCCGUCGGGCGCCACCUACGAGGGCGAGUUCAAGGACGGGUUCAUGGACGGCUCCGGCACCUACACCGGCGCCGCCGGGGACACCUACAGGGGGUCCUGGUCCAUGAACCUCAAGCACGGCAACGGCACGAAGAGAUACGCCAACGGCGACCAGUACGACGGCGAUUGGCGCGCGGGGCUGCAGGACGGCACCGGCCGCUACACCUGGCGGAACGGCACCGAGUACACGGGGCAGUGGCGCGCGGGGCUCAUCCACGGCCGCGGCGCGCUCGUCUGGUCCAACGGCAACCGCUACGACGGCGGGUGGGAGGACGGCUGCCCGCGCGGCCAGGGAACCUUCCGCUGGGCCGACGGCAGCGUCUACGUUGGCUACUGGACGCGCGACAGCCCCACCGGCAUUGUCCAGCAGAAGGGAGUCUACUACCCGUCCCCGGCGGCGUCCUCCCCGACGGCGCGCGAUCCCCGCGACGUGUUCGCGAGAGACCUGCCGGCCUUUAUGGGCACCAGCUCCAACUCGGCGUCGCCGCGCAAGGCACGGACGUCGUCGGUGAACAGGACGACCAACGGGCGGGCGAGCUCGGUGUCCGGGCUGAGCAACAGCUCCGGCGGCGACGGGAAGUACGACAAGAUUUGCAUUUGGGAGUCUGACGGCGACAUCACGUGCGACAUUGUGGACGGGCCUGCCUUGGGGGACGAGGCGGUGUCCGUGCGGAGGAGCUUCAGGACGGACGGCGGUGGUGACGACCGGGUGUUGCUGCCGUCCUCGCCGGCGCCGCACAUCACCCAGUGGGUGCCUCCGCGGGAGGCGAAGCGGCAAGGGGAGACCAUCGCCAAAGGUCACAAGCACUACGAGCUCAUGCUAAACUUGCAGCUCGGGAUCAGGCACGCAGUGGGGAAGCAAGGCCCAAUUGUGCUUGAUCUGAAAUCGUCGGCUUUUGACCCAAAGGAAAAAGUAUGGACAAAGUUCCCUCCUGAAGGCUCAAAAUACACCCCUCCACACAAUUCUUGUGACUUCAGAUGGAAGGAUUACUGCCCACAGGUGUUCCGGACACUGCGCAAGCUGUUCAAGGUGGAUGCUGCUGAUUAUAUGUUAUCCCUAUGUGGAAAUGAGGCUCUCCGGGAGCUUUCAUCUCCUGGUAAGAGCGGAAGCUUUUUCUACCUCACAAACGAUGAUCGGUACAUGAUAAAGACAAUGAAGAAAUCUGAAGUGAAGAUGCUUCUGAAGAUGCUCCCAGCUUAUUACAAUCAUGUCCGGGCAUUUGAAAAUACUCUAGUAACCAAAUUUUUUGGUCUACAUUGUGUCAAGUUAGCUGGAGCAAAUCAGAAGAAGGUCCGUUUUGUCAUAAUGGGAAAUCUAUUCUGCUCAGAAUAUCCUAUUCAUAGGCGUUUUGAUCUGAAAGGCUCAUCUCUUGGCCGCACAACUGAUAAGCCACAUACAGAGAUCGAUCAGUAUACAACUCUGAAAGACCUGGAUCUGAACUUCAUCUUUAGACUGAAGAAGCAAUGGUUUCAAGAGUUCCAAAGGCAAGUAGACAGGGAUUGCGAAUUCCUUGAGCAGGAGAAAAUUAUGGAUUACAGUCUUCUGGUUGGCGUACAUUUCAUAGAUAACAGAGAGAAGCUUCUGACUGAAGGCUCCAUUGACUAUGAAAUCAACAAUAUACUGGCAACUCGUCUUUCAAGAGGAAAUGCGGAUCAGUUUAUUGCUGAUCCAAACAGGUGUCCUAAAAUCAAACUUGGGGCAAACAUGCGUUCAAGAGCUGAACUCACUGCUCGGAAGAGUGAUUGUGAACUGCAGCUAAUUGGAGAGCCAACUGGAGAGUACUACGAUGUUAUAUUGUAUUUUGGAAUCAUAGACAUACUUCAAGAUUACGAUAUCAGCAAGAAGCUUGAGCAUGCAUAUAAGUCUUUCCAGUAUGACGCAACUUCAAUAUCAGCAGUGGACCCAAAGCAGUAUUCUAGACGUUUUAGGGAUUUCAUAUACAAAGCUUUUCAAGAAGAUGGAUAGACAGCUGAAAACACGUUGCAACUUUAGAGCUCCUGCAGCCUCAAGGUGCAAUGAACUUUCAAAUGUCAAAAGCAAGCUCAAACCAGGCACGAUGCAGCAGGUUAUCCACACUCAAAAGGAUGACUGGAGCGUCAGUGGAAGCCACUGGGUGGCAGAGUUGCUCGAAAAGCCGUUAUCAUUGUCUUCCAGAAAUCAUCCGGCGCUCACGUAUAUACAUUUAGGCAUAUACAUACAUAUAUAUUGCUCACUAAUAUUUUGUAGGGUAGGAGAUGUUAACUUAUUGAUUCAGCUUACAGAUAGAAAAAUUGUAACACAAGCGCGCAAGCCAGUCCGGAGAUGUACAUGUUUUUACCCGAGGUUAGCAUGUAUCAGGUCAGGUACAAUUCUUUUGUUACUGUCUUGAUUGGUACCUCUCAACUUAUCCAUAGGAAACCCUUGGAGCUCACUGUAAUGUACAGAGUUUUUGGUGACAUAGCAGUGAUAACUCAGUUUUGUUCUUUUUUCUGGAAUUGAAUGAUCAUGUUUUGGAUAUUUACUAACUUCCAAUGAUGCAACACCAAGAUGGGGCCAUGGAUGGACUUAGUGGCUGCUGAGGCAUCAGCAUUUGGUGUGCUUUAGAGUCACCCUGUGAUGAUGGCUUGUAUGCAUUGAGCCAGGACACAGACGGAGCAAUGUUUCGCAUUUUGUGUAACUUGCUUCCCCGCAAUGACAUGGACAUAUUCUCCAGCCAGGCGUCUAACCUGCACAUUACCCUCCUAAAAUUUAGCAAGUGGGAAGUUUUGUAUGGCAAAUUGGUAACCUGAAUGCAAGCCACCAGGUCACUGUCCAUUGCUCAUGUUUGCUGGAUGCUGAUGCCUGAUGCCAUAGGAGGAUUGCAUUGGCAGGUCUGGAUAUGCAUGUCAGUCACCCUGCGCCUUUCAGUCAGUCACGCACAAGAACCUGGAUGUCAUCUUCUGCUCCUUCCAAAGCAAUGAUUGGUUAACCGUAGGUCUGGUGAAUGAAGCUAGCACUUGAAGAAACUUUGCAGAUGACGUGGAUCCAAGUUCUUGGAAGGAGCCCUCUUCGCCGGUCAGCUUUCAAAAACCAAUUUUUGCUGGUGAAAACAACACCGCAAAGUUGCACUGCAGAAUGCUUGCAGCUGAUGAUGCCAAUCCCAGAUGACCUAGUACGUUUGGUCUCUGACUUUUUGUUCUUUAAUUAGCUCCUGAUCUUGUGAUGUUGCAGCAUGACAGCCCCUGCAUAUCCUAUAACAGCCAGAGGCAGUAUAAAACUAGGGCAGGAGCUGAAAAAGAUCAGACAGUUGUGUCCCCCAUUUUUUGUGGGUGUCGUUGGGGAGUUGUGGCCGGCAACUAUCAACACCGAACCUUCUCCUGGACGCAGGAGCGCAUCCCAUUGGUCGCCGGUGAUCCUGUCAGCGAAAAUUUAAACGGCAAAGCUCGAGAAAGCAGCUGGUGGUAUGAGCAAACAUAAAGAGGCAUCCGAUGAGCCAGGCAGCCAGCGUGGCAUUGCAAAAAAAUAAUGUGGAGAGAAAAAGACUUGGCAUUUCUUUAGGGACAAGAUAUGGGCACGGUAGUGCAUGUUGAUCUGUACUGUAUGUAUCAUAGAUGUAUGCCUGAAAGAAUCUGCAAUCAUUGUAAUAUGUUGCGUGCAUGUUCUCUACAAUAUCGUGUACAUGCGUGGCAACAAUAUUAUCGGUAGUACCUGUCGGUUCCAUU